AUGCCGGCGGCGGUUGACGUUAGAGACAGCGACAGCGAUGUUGCGGAAAUCGUGGGUGUGGUGGAGUUGGUGGACAGUGCUGACGAGGACGAUGUUGCAGAGGUGAAUUCACCGAAUUCCCCUCCUUUGAGUUUCCAUGGGUAUCGCCGUGGGCGAAAGCUUGGGCAGGGAGGGUCAAGCCAGGUCUUCGUUUGCAGCAAAGCUGGUUGUCAGGUCGGAUUCGCGGUAAAAGCAGUGAAUCUCCGCAGAUUGCGGAUGAGCCCAGACGUGGAGCGGGAGCUGAAGAAGCUCGAACGAGAGGUAGACAUUUUGAAAGAUUUGCCGGUUCAUCCUAACAUCGUUCGGCUGGUUGACACGUUUCAGGAAGGCUAUUGGUUCCUGAUGGUACUGGAGCUGAUCGGCGGUGGAGACUUGUUCACGGUCCUCACAUCUAGAUCGCCAACACGGUUUCAGGAUCGGGAAGCAGCUUACGUUGGCAAUCAACUGGUCUUAGGCCUAGCCUUUCUUCAUGGAAAAGGCGUCGUGCACAGAGAUUUGAAACUUGAAAACGUGAUGGUUGCUUCCCAAAGACGAGCUUAUGCCAAUGGGCCUGUGCUUUACAAUGUCAAGAUAACAGAUUUCGGGUUGUCUCGAUUCUUGGAUCCCAGUAUGGCCGCUGCCUGUUCCACAGUGGGCACCCAGCCCUACUGUGCACCGGAAGUACUGGGAGAGGGCUCCCAUAGCUUCGGAGCAGACCUUUGGUGCUUGGGAGUGCUCUUGUUUGUGCUGAUCGCUGGGCAUUUCCCGUAUAGCGAUUUGCCCACGGACCAGCUGGAGCUCAAUCGUAUCGUGCAACGCAGUACAGCCACCGAAGCC